UCUGCAGCGAAAGUUCUGGCUGUGCGAGGCUUUAACAUACGGGUCUUUGAGCUGUCGCUGCAGCCAGCGCUGCUCCGCCGCAGUUUUACCCGUCUGCUUCUUUAAUAAACUCAACGAAGAGUGAACACAUCUCACCUAGCCAAAUGCUGAGCCCGAAGCUGCUCACCCUGGUUCUGGUGGUCCAGCCGGGGAGAGUUCUGCUGGGCAUGAAGAAGAGGGGGUUUGGAGUGGGCAAGUGGAACGGCUUCGGCGGGAAAGUUCAGCCUGGAGAAACAAUUGAAGAUGCUGCUAAGAGGGAACUGCAGGAGGAAAGUGGCCUCACGGUGGAUGUUCUGCACAAAAUAGGAAAUAUCAAGUUUGAAUUUGUCGGAGAAACGCAGCUGCUCGACGUCCACGUUUUCAGAGCCGACUCUUUCAACGGAGAACCCACUGAAUCAGAUGAAAUGAGGCCUCAGUGGUUUGAAUUGGACAAAAUUCCCUUCAGCGAGAUGUGGGCCGAUGAUAAACUGUGGUUCCCUCUGAUGCUCCAGAAGAAGAAGUUUGUCGGAUACUUCAAGUUCGAGGGUCACGAUGUGAUUCUCAACCACACGCUGGAGGAAGUGCAAGAACUCUGAUUAUGUGGAAAAAGCAUCAGAAAUGGCUACAAUUAUUAGGAAUGUGAAUAUUCUCAUUUGGGUUCAUGAAAAUACAACUGUAUUGCGAAAAAAAAAGACCAAAACCAAAAAAAGUGUGUUUUGUAAUUUUAUUGUGGAAUGCUGUAAAAUAAGUUCAAUAAAAAUAAGUUUCAAACUGUCGCAUUUAUUUCCCAAAAAAUAAAUUUCAUCAACUCCAAGAUUUCAAUUUGUUUCAUACAAAAUCUGUUACUUGUACAAGUCAAAAAAUGAAAUCUUUACAUUGCUUUAAAAACGUUUGUGCGCAAGAACAAAUGUCAAGUUUACCUUUCAAAAUAAAAGUAGUUGGACUGUAUUCAG